AUGAGUAGCGCUUCUUCAAAUUCCUCUACCUCGAAACCACGCUCCACCUCGAAACCGCGUAUGGGGAAAGCGGGCAGCUCGACGAUCAAACCGACGAGCGCCGCAUCCUCGGCAUCUUCUUCUGCCUCUUCUUCUGCAAAACCGCGCUCCACCUCGACGAAGCCGCGCACGGCGAAAGUCGGUGGUGCAAAGGCCAAGGCACCUGUGAAGCAAAGCAAGCGCGGCGGCGGUGUCGGUGGGAAGAAGGGCGCGAGAAAAGGGAAGAAGGCGUUGGAGGACGACGAGAAGGUGGAUAACCGUGGACGGCCGCGCGAGGUUCCCGAGCAGCAAUUGGCGGAUAUGCGAACAUUCGUGCCGGAGUAUAUCGAGAUGCGCGACGCGAACGAUCACAAGGGAAAGCAGCGCGUGUUCAGAAACGCGGUGGGCUUCAUCAUGGCCAAGUACGGAUGGGUAGACCCACUGCGCGUUAUUGGGAGCGACGAGGAGCUGGAUAGCGACGUGGACGCGGAACAUAUCAAGGAGAGCGACAUCACGCGGGCGAUGAAGAAGAAGAAGGGCGACGGCGGGGAAGCUUCCAGCAACGACGCCGCGCUCGCCCUUGUGUACAGGAGAGUGAAGAGUUUGAUGUUCGAGGAAUACAGGAAGGCGAAGGCGGAAGAUCUGGCGCCGGCAUCGGGUUUUGAUCCUAAGGCGUGGAUGAUGAAGGUCUUUGAUCCUCCGAAACGUCUCCCACAAUACAUGUUCUUCUACAAGCACAUGACGCGAGAGAUGCAAGAGGAGGUUGAGCGCUUGAAGCAGGAAUCAGAGGACGCGGACGAGGAUGAGGAGGGCGCGGAGGAGACGGAAGGUACCCCGAAACCGGUCGGCUCGUUCCAGAACCAGGUUGCCGCGAAAUACCUGAAGCAGGCGUCUGAGGAGGUGAAGGCGGAGGUGUUGAAGGACCGCGAGGAUUAUCACAAGGCGGCGUUAGACAAGUGGUUCAGGUUCGUCGAGUUGAAACCGGAGGACCCGGAGGAGGCGCGAGCAUUCCUCAAGAAGAUCAACGAAAUCUUGAAACCGUUGGCCAAGUGUGUCGCCGAUCUUGUGUCUGGCAUGUGCGUGUGGAUCACCACAGCGCCUGCGGACGUCGAUGUGGCGGAGGCCACAUUCAACCUUGAGAACCGCGUCACGUUGAACAUGAGCAGCAUCGACCCCACGCUUGUGCACGCUCUUGCCGGCCAACUCGUGAAUCAAACUAACACGUUGAACGAGUUGAGAUGGCCUGGGUUCAAGGACCCUCGGAAAGACGGAGAAGAAGUGGAUGAGGAGUCAGAGGAGUCGGAUACGGAGGUGCCGCGCAACGAACGAUGGCCGAACGAAGUGAGCCUGGACGUCGCGCACGAACUCGCUGGCCGUGAGAAGUCGGCACCAGCGUCUGGGGGAGAUGUUGAUGCAGCGGAAAAGCCCGUUGAUGCUGGUGGAAGACGCGCACAGGAGAUCGCAAGGGCGCGGGGGAAUGAUCGAGCUCCCGCGGACAAGCGCCAGCGACACGCUUCGACGGCGCGCUCGACACGAGGCGAAGAGGAUCUGCCACCCGCCGCGUCGACGGAUGAUUCGUCGGUAAAGCGCACCGGAAGGGCGGCCUCGCCGGUGUCGGGCGAGAAGCCUUCGCGCGCCGAAGACGCCGGGCCUACGGCGAAGCCGAAGCCGAAGCCGAAGCCGAAGCCGAAGCCGAGGAAGAAGACCGCAGAGGCGCAGGAUGUACCUCCGAGGCUGCAGACGGAUGGCGAGGACGAGCAGCCUUCGCGCGUCGAAGAUUCCGGGUCCACGGCGAAGCCGAAGCCAAAGCCGAAGCCGAGGAAGAAGGCCGCAGAGGCGCAGGAUGUACCUCCGAGGCAGCAGGCGGAUGGCGAGGGCGAGGGCGAACGGCCUUCGGGCGUUGAGGAAGCCCGGCCCACGGCAGACCCGAAGCCGAGGAAGAAGACGGCGGAUGCGCAGAAUGUACGUCCGAGGCAGCAGGCGGGUGGCGAGGGCGAAGGCGAGCAGCCUUCGGGCGUCGAGGAAGCCCGGCCCACGGCAGACCCGAAGCCGAGGAAGAAGACGGCGGAUGCGCAGAAUAUACCGCCAAGGCAGCAGGCGGGCGGCGAGGGCGAAGGCGAACAGCCUUCGGGCGUCGAGGAAGCGCGGCCCACGGCAGACCCGAAGCCGAGGAAGAAGACGGCGGAUGCGCAGAAUAUACCGCCAAGGCAGCGCGCGGGUGGCGAGGACGCUGGGAAAGGCGGAGGUGAGGAUGGUACGGGAGGUACGGGACAAGGCGUCAGCAGGUCCAGGGCGGGUGAUGCUCUGUCGACGAAGACGUCGAUUGAAUGCGAGCGGAGUGGAAUUAAUGACGGCACGGUACAAGAGUUGUCAGACGCGGCGGGUGGAGAGUUGGAGAAAUCUGGAAAAGCGCCGGGCGUAGGUGGGACCGUGGAGGGUAAAGAGAGCACGGAGAGCGGUGAGACAAAUAGGGGAGAGGUCGGCGCAUCGGGCGGAGGGGAGUUUGCCAUGGGGGACGUAUUGGCGUUCAGCGUAGAGAGAGAUAUCGUCACUAGCGUCGAUACUAAGGCAUACAUCUCGGAUUGUCGCGAGGCGGCCAAAUCCCUGGAUGUCAGGAAGAAGUGGUUCGUAGCCGUCAAAAUGGGCGCGUUUCUUGAGGUCAUUCCGAGCAAGCUGCCGGUAACGAUCAAAGCGCUGGGGUGCGAGGUUGGACGAAGCUACUGGCGCUUCGAGAUGAGCAACAUCAAGGAAAUGAAGCUGCCGCUCGCGAGAUUGCCGGACGGUAGACCGCUUCUGGGCUACACGGCGGACCUACAACGCAAGUUGGCGGGAGGAAGCUUGACUAAGGUUAUGUGGGCGGCGAGGGCGACCAAGGACAAGACGCGCACACCCGCGCAGCUUGAUCACGAUGUUGGCAUUCUGCUGGCGCAGCAGUGGGCGUUAUUACAACCUGACGCACGGCGGGACGGCGAGGGACGGUUGACUUGCUCUGCGGACCAGUCGAUGGGCUGGGAGGGCUGUCUGUAUGGUGGCCUGGUAGGCGUGCGAUUGCUCGUGGUGACUUUGCUGUGCUGGGGAUACAACAUAACGACGCAGGCGGAGAGCAGCGAGUGGGAGAGGCUGGCGGUGGACAUGAUAGACGUGCUGGAUAUACUGCGGGAGCAGGCGGGCGACUUCAUUCCAGACAGCGUAACGGAGGGGCACGCGGAGGAGAAGCGGAAGAUAAAAAAGACGGAAAAGACGCUCGCUGGUGCCAGUGAAGAAGGGUAG